AUGGCCGGGUUGUUCAGAAAGCUGUACGAAUUGCUGAUGCGCAUGUUUUGGGCUCAGGAAAUGGAAGUUACCGUGGUGGGCUUGCAAAAUGCUGGCAAAACUUCGCUCCUGCGUGUCCUCUCGGGAGGAGAGUUCACAGUCGACUCGAUACCGACCGUAGGGUUCAACCUGAAAAAGGUGCAGCACGGACAUGUGUUAUUAAAGUGCUGGGAUCUGGGUGGUCAGCCGCGAUUUCGAUCCAUGUGGGAGAGAUACUGCCGCGGUGUUAAUGUCAUUGUCUUCAUAGUCGACAUUGCCGACCGGCCACAGAUUCCUGCUGCCAGGGAAGAGCUGCACGCACUCAUGGGAUACCAUUCCCUCGGUGGGAUCCCGUUGCUGGUGCUCGGGAACAAGUCGGAUCUCCCAGACAAAAUGUCAGUCGAUGAUCUGAUUGACGCCCUAGAUCUCAAGACGAUACAAGGACGAGAGGUGUGCUGCUAUGGAAUCAGCGCCAAGGAGGAGACGAAUCUCGAGGCAGUGGUUCACUUUCUUGUCAAGGCGGCUGGAAAGUAG